AUGAAGGAGCUUUAAAAAAACUCAAUCUUAAAACUAUGGCCUCAUUAUUAAAAAAUUUUGAAAUCUUCAAAAUAUUCUUAAUGGAAGUAGAAUGAUUUAAUUUGUAAAAGGAGUAUGUUUUAUCAUACAGUUAUUGCUCUUAGUGCCUUUUAUGUUUUAAUUAGCCUAAUAGUAGAAAUUAUUAAAACAGAGAAUAUGAUGAAUAUUUUUCAAUUAAUACUUUUUAUUGUGUUAGAGAUCAUAAUUACAUGCAUCUAUACUUAUUGUAAGAAAAUUUAGAUUUAUUUUCUUGUAUAAUAUUGCUUGAUUUCAGUUUAUAUCUUGAUAACAGUAUAAAAUGAAGAAAUAAAUAAGAUCUACAUUUUCCUGUAUUUAAUACUUGUUAAUAGCCACUCUAAUAUAAUAAUAAAGAUUAUACUAUAUUUAUAUUUUAUCUUCACAGUGAUAUUUUUUUACAAGUUUGAACCUUUAGAAAUAUGUAUUAUUUGUUCAACCGCCUUUAUUCACAAUUAUUAGUUAGAAUCUCAUUACAUUGCAAAUUAUAUAAAAUAACUAAAGCUACUAUCUAUUAUAGAGUAGAUGCCAAGUGCAGUUUGUAUUUUAGAUUAAAACACUAAAUAGAUAACAUAUUCUAAUUAAUUAUUUGAGAAAUUAGCUUAAACUUUAUAAGUAACAGAUGAAUUGGCUCAAUCCCUAAAUAAUUAGAGCAAAGAAUAAUAAUAAAUAGAUUUUAUAAGGAAUUUAAAUUUAGAAGAAAUAAAAAAUGAUGGAUUUUAGAUCUCUGAUUUUAUUCCAUAAAUAAAUGAUGAGGGUAUAACAGAUGAUUAAUAUAAGAUAAUUAAUGUUGAUUUUAAAAGAUAACCAUCAUAAAAUACAUUAUAAAAUGUAAGUUUUAUGUGUCCAAAUUCAGCUUAAUUAAAAAAGAAAUCUAAAGACAUUUUUAGUGAUAUAAAUACUAAUGAUUAUUUGCUCAAUUCUUCAAGAAAAAGUUAUAUAACAACAAUACAUUUGUAAAUAUAAAUAAGUCAUUAACCAAAAUCAUUUAUUUUAUCAGCUAAAACAAAAAGAAGGAAAAAAUCAUCAAAUAAUAUGAAUCUAAGCAAAUAAAGUUCUAGAAAUUUAGGUUAAUUUACUAAAGUAUAAGAAAUUUAGAAUUCCAUUUAUUGUGAAAAUCUGAAAUUAUCUCCAAAUCAUACAGAUACAUUAAAUCAUAAUUUAGUAGAACAUAGUGAAUAAUACAAAUUUAUUAAUGAUGGAUAUGGAUAAUAAUCUAGUACUAAUCAUAAAGUUAGACUUAUGGUUAAUUUGAUAUAAAUUAAUGAUGUAUUAAAUGAGGAAUAAGAUUAUUAAAUUUAUUGUAUUAAUGAAUUAAGUCCUUUGCUUUUAUAAUAUACAGUAAAAAAAUUAGAAUAAGCAAAGAAAACUAUUAUGAGAUCAUUAUCUCAUGAAUUAAGAACUAGUCUAAAUGCAGUUAAUGGUUAUAUAAGUGAAGCUUAUGAGAGAAUAGAUAAUAUUCAAUAACUUAAUAAAAAUUUAGAAUUAUCUUUGAAAUAUAUUACUUUGAUGUAAUUAAAAUUAUAAGAUUUUUUUGAUUAUAGGGAUAUUCUAGAAGAUUAAUUUGAAUUAAAAAUUGAAAAAUUUGAUUUAAAUAAUGCUAUCAAUCUUUGUAUAGAUUUAAUUAAAGUAUAAUGUUAUGAAAAGAAAUUAAAUCUAAAUGUAGAAUUACCAUCAGAAACAAUAAUAGUUAUUGGAGAUAAAAAUAGAUUCUAAUAAGUAUUGAUCAAUUUAUUAACAAAUGGAAUUAAGUUUACAUCUUAAGGAGGAAUAACAAUUUAAGUAAGUAAAGAUUUUUAAUUGGAUUCUAUUUCUGGAUUAGAAGAAGUUAAGGAAAUUAAAUAAUAAUAGUUAGUUUAGAUUAGAAUAAUUGAUAGUGGAAUAGGAAUGAAAGAAGAAUUAAAAGGAAUAUUAAAUAAAAAAGUAUAUUAAUUUAUUAUUUAGUUUCUCUCUGUAGAUGAUGAUCCAAAAAUUUCAAAGGAUUCAGUUGGAAUUGGAUUAGGUUUAAGUGUUUGUUAAUAUAUAAUUAAGGCUAUGGGUCCUUAAGGCUUAAAUAGUUUAUUCUUAGAAUCAAUAAUUGGAGGAGGAACAUAAUUUUACUUUUUUUUAAAUUAUGAUUCUAUAAAGAAGUAUCAUAAUGAUGAGGAUAUUCCUGAAUCAGAAAAUAAGGAAUAAACAUAAGUAAGAUUAAGUCCAACGAAAAGAAGUUUAUUAAAAAGAAUUGUAUUAAUUUGUUUAUUUGUUUUUUUAUUAGGCAACCUAUCCGAAUACAGUUUGUAAUUCUAAUGAUAUAUUGAUAGUAGAUGACGAACAUUUCAAUCUGGAUAUUUUAGCAAACAUUAUUCGUAAUUUGAAUUCACAUCAAAAAAAGUAUGAAAUUACAAUGGCUUUUAAUGGUUUUUAAGCAUUGGAGAAGAUUUAAUAAAAAAGAAUACAGAAUUGUUGUUGUCUUGGAUUCAAGGCAAUAUUAAUGGAUAUCAAUAUGCCGAUUAUGAAUGGUUGGGAUUGUGCAAAACAAAUCAGAAUAUUCGAAGAUUAAUAUCAAGUUUAGAGGAGAAUUCCAAUUAUAGCUAUCACUGGUUAUGGAGGAAAAAAAGACUUAGAAAAAUGUCUAAAAUAUGGGUUUAAUUGUGUAUCUACAAAACCUACAAAUAAAUAAAAAAUAUUGAAGAUAUUUUAAGAAUUUAAUAUAUGA